AGUGAAAUAAUUGCACCAAGUCAGUAUUGUAAGAGAAAAUAUGGCAUCCUCAAUGCUCUCAUCAACAGCCACCGUGGCUACCAGAGCCAGCGCCGCUCAGGCGAACAUGGUUGCUCCGUUCACCGGACUUAAGUCCACCGCUGCAUUUCCAGUGACCCGCCAGACCAGCUCUGAAAUCACCACUUUAGCUAACAAUGGUGGCAGAGUCCAAUGCAUGCAGGUGUGGCCUCCACUCGGAAAAAAGAAAUUUGAGACUCUAUCAUACCUUCCCGACCUUACUCGCGAGCAAUUGGGUAAGGAAGUGGAAUACCUUCUCCGUAAAGGAUGGGUUCCUUGUUUGGAGUUCGAGUUGGAGCACGGAUUUGUCUACCGUGAGAACCACAGUUCACCGGGAUACUAUGACGGACGGUACUGGACAAUGUGGAAGCUACCUAUGUUUGGAUGCACCGAUUCGUCUCAGGUGUUGAAGGAGCUUGACGAAGCGAUUAAAGCAUACCCAGAUUCCUUCAUUAGGAUCAUUGGUUUUGACAAUAAUCGUCAAGUGCAAUGCAUUAGUUUCAUUGCCUACAAGCCUCCUAAAUUUAAUGACUCCUAAAUCUAAAAUUUCUCCAUUUAUUCGGGGAAUUGCAUGCAUAAAUUUGUUGACAUGAUCCUUUUGAAUUUUGUCCAAUUAGGAUAUUCUUUUCCAAAAAUAUUUUGUUUUGUAUUUUGGUGUUCCAUUUUCAUUAGAAUAUUCUGAUGGAAUUGGAAUGAAAGUGUGUAUGAGGAUAUUGAGUUUAAAAAUCGUUGAACAUUUUGGUGUAAUGAAAUAAAAGCCAGUUUCUUAUUUGCAA